UAUGUCAUAUAUGUAUAGACGGAGAGUUCCUGCUCUUAGCUACCUUGAUCUAUCCAUCCCAUCUCUCUUUUCUUUCUGAGCCUUCCCAUCAAUUAAGUUCAACGCCCUUCAACAAUGGCUGAAGCUUUCGUUUCCGUGCUACUGGAACAACUGGCGUCAAUAGCCUAUCACCAAAUAGAGAAAGAGGUGAGACUGGUUGUGGGGGUCAAGAAAGAAGUUGCCAAGAUCACCAGCAAUCUGAAAUCUAUUCAAGCCGUGCUCGAGGAUGCAGAGAAGAGGCAGAUCAAGGAAGCCAUCGUCAGAGACUGGCUGGAGAAGCUAAAAGAGGUGUCGUACGAGAUGGACGACGUGCUUGAUGAGUGGACAACUGAGAUUCUCAUACAGCAAGUUAAUCAUUACCAACAAGAAGGUGAAAGUAGUACGAGUACUACUGCUGCUGCUGUUUCCAAGAAGAAGGUAUGUUUCAACGUACCCUCACAAUGUUUUUGCUUUGGCCAAGUCAAUCGAGUGAUCUACCGCCGUGACAUUGCUAUUAGGAUUCAAGAUUUGAGUAAUAGAUUGAAUGAGAUUGCUAGGGAAAGACAAAGCUAUAACUUUCAAAACACUGAAAGAGUCUUUGAACAACUUGAGAGGUUUGAAACUUCAUCGUUUGUCGACCUCUCCAAGACAUUUGGAAGGGAAGACGAAACUAAAGUAGUUAUGGGCAAGUUGUUCGGGGAGAGUAGUCAAGAAGAGAGGAACCUCCUAGUUAUCCCUAUUGUAGGGAUGGGGGGUAUGGGGAAGACAACUCUCGCCCAGAUAGUUUAUAAUGAUGAAAACGUGAAAUUAAAUUUCACAAAAAGAAUUUGGGUUUGUGUGUCACAGCCGUUUAAUGAGAUCAAGAUUGCCAAGGCAAUUAUUGAGGGCCUGAAUGUUGCUGGUCCAAGUUCAAAUGAUUUGGAACCUUUAUUGAAUUGUAUACAUAGAAAUUUAGAAGACGAAAAAUUUCUCCUUGUGCUAGAUGAUGUGUGGAAUGAAGACUAUAGGAAGUGGGAACAAUUGUGGCCGUCUCUACAAAGUGGUCAUGUAGGUAGUAGAAUAUUGGUAACCACAAGAAAAGAAGAAGUUGCCAUGGCAAUGAGAGCAACAAUUUCUAAUAUGAUACACUUGGGGAAGUUAAGUGAAGACUGUUGUUGGUCGAUAUUCUAUCACAUUGCUUUGGGUGAGAGGGAAAAUCAUGAGUCAAAAAUGUUAGAAUCCUUGGGUAAAGAUAUUGUUAAAAGGUGUCAAGGUUUGCCUCUUGUUGCAAAGGCUUUGGGUAGUUUAAUGCGCUCUAAAGAAACCAAGAAAGAAUGGUUGGCUGUUUUGGAGAGUAAGAUAUGAGAGUUGGAGAUAGUUGAGAAUCAAGUUUUUCAACCGUUAUUAUUAAAUUAUUAUGAUUUGGCUCCAAAAAUCAAGCUUUGUCUUUUGUAUUGUGUUGUUUUUCCAAAAGAUCAUGACAUUGAUAAAAAUAAUUUGAUCGAAUUGUGGAUGUCACAGGGUUAUCUUAGUUCCAACAUAAGCAAGGAAAAACCAUUAGAGAUCGGUCAAAUGUAUUUUAAUACUUUAGUAAUGCGGUCUUUUUUUGAUUUUGGGAAAGAUGGACUUAGAAAUAUUAAAAAGUGUAAAAUGCACGACAUUGUGCACGACUUUCUACGGUUUUUGACCACCAAAGAGUGUUAUAUUUUGGACGCGCAACGUGAAAGUAGAAUAGAGUUGCCCAUAGGCAAUAAGUUUCGCCAUUUGACCAUCACCGGUGCCCCUGAUGGUCAACUUUCAGUUUCCUUUGGUACUUGCAAAACUUCAAGAACCUUCGCAACUUUUAAUUGUAAAUUUGAGAGUCUCAACUCAGAGUUUGUUUUACAAUUAAAAUGCUUGAGGACCUUAAAUUUGAGUAAUAAUGAUAUGAAACAACUUCCAAGCGAGGUUGGCGGGUUGGUGCGCUUGAGGUAUUUGGAUUUGUCCUACAACAAAUGGGAGAAAUUACCAGACAGUCUGUGUAAUCUGAUCAAUUUGGAGACCUUGAGACUUGAAGAUUGUGAAGAGCUUGAAGAGUUGCCCGAGGCAAUGGGAAAGCUGACCAACUUGCGGCACCUCCAUGUUAAGGAUAGUGAUUAUCUGAAGUUGCCAAAAUCAAUUGCGAAGCUGACGAGUCUACAGACUCUGGAUCAAGUUAAUAUUGACUCCACCGAUGGCUUCAUCAAGGUUAGUGAUUUGAGGAACAUGGACCAGGUUCAUGGCAAGCUUUUCAUUAGAUGGUGGAGGCCGGACGAAGCAGAAGCAGAAGCAGAUGAUGGCGACGCUAUCAAGAGUGAUGCGGAGCAAGCAAAAUUGGUGAACAAGAAACACCUUGUUUCUUUAAAACUGUGGUUUUGGGAUCCGAAGGGUGACAGUCUCAAGCAGGAAGAAACAGUGAAUGCCUUGCAGCCAAAUCCAGAUCUGGAAUCUUUGAAGAUCCAGAACUACGGUGGCGCCUCAUUGUGCCCCAACUGGAUGAACACGUCGUCGUCAUUAAAUAAUUUGAGAUGCCUUUCCUUCCUGAAUUGCGUUGGGUGUGAAUAUGUUCCUCUUGUGGUUUUGGGGAAAUUGGCGUCCCUUGAAAUACUGCGAUUUCAACUUAUGUAUAAAGUGAAAAAGGUGGGAUUUGAGUAUUCACGGGAACAAGUCACUUUAUUCCCAAAUCUCAAGCACCUGCUGUUCCAUGUCCUGCUGCAGUGGGAGGAGUGGGAAGAAAUGCCAGCUGGGUUGAGUGAAGAUUCACUUGCAGCACGUAUCAAGGUUAUGCCAUGCCUUUCUUCUUUAACAAUUGAAGGCUGUUCCGAGCUGACGACACUGCCAGACUUCCUUCGGAGGACGCCGCUCCAGAAUUUGAGCAUCUCUGACAGCUGGUGUCUCUCGCGGAGUCUCGAAAACAGAGGAGGCACGGAGUGGGCCAACAUCUCUCACAUCCCAAACAUCCAAAUUGUCCAAAUUGAUCGGAAGUUUGUACAAAAAGACGGAGUCCGGAUCCAACAAGAAGAGGAGGAAGAAGAUUGAGUUCAUCCAUCGUAUCAUCACCCAACUCGUUUGCCGCUUCAUUCUCUCUGAUUGAUGCCUACUCCCUAUAAGAAAAAUGGAUUCGAACAGAUGGGCCCAAAUACGCUGCUAUGCAUUGAAGCAUGCUAAGGGGUGCCAGAAGUACGUGAUUACUGGAGUAUGAAUAUCAACACUAAACUUGAAGAGCUGAAGAUUAAUGAUCAAUCUCAUAACAGAGGGAGUUAACUGGAAUUGUGGAAGUGACCCCAGAGUCUUAUUUCUAGAGAUUUUGGUUCAUGUUCAAUCAUGCAUUUGACAAAGGACGUUUGCAACUCUGUUCAAGUGUUCAUGGCGUUGAGGUAUAUUUCGACAGUCAAGGAUGUCAUCAUAUUCGUUCAUGCCUUCAUGGUGUUGAGGUUCUUAUCCGUUUAUUACUGCUAAAGCUCCAGCCAGCGCCUCAAAAGGUGUUAUCAGAUGAUAAGAAGCGUGCUUUAUAUGAUCAAUAUGGUGAAGCUGGAGUUAAGAGCACCAUGAGUGGUGGAUCUUCAACCUAUACGACUAAUCCUUUCGAUUUAUUUGAGACAUUUUUCGGGUCAAGCAAUCCUUUCCCAGAUAUGGAUACUGGCUAUGGAACACGUCGUCGUAGUACUGUUACAAAGAGUGAAGUUAUACGGUCAGUCAUAUUGUUGCAUACAACACCCAUGAGUUCUUGAAUAAGAUCACUUUCUGCCAAAGGCAACCAGGAUUGAUAGAGAAAUUGUAUAUUUUGAAUUUAGGUGGCCUUUCUUUUUCAUGAUAGCAAUUCUUACAAUUGCUUCUAUUUGAUACUUUUUCUUUCAUUUUUCUUAAAUGUCAAAUCCCAUGUUGAAAGUAAGUCUAAUUGGCCAGGCUCUGUGGAUAUCUCUUUAGUUGUUUGUUCUUCGGGAAAACAUGCGGUGUAAUACCAAGCAGUUUAAAAGUGAUUUUUUAGCCAGAAAAUUUUACUUUAAUU